CUAAUAUUUCUAAUGCUAGAUUAGGUUCUAAGGUUUCUAUAGAAACUACCCUCUCUGUGAGCUCUUAUGUAGAAGAUCUUAAGAGAGAACACUCUUCUGCAAAUUUUUCUCUACUUGCCUUAUCAUUUAAAAAAAAUAGUUAG